GAGUGAAACUCCCUUAAAAUAGAGCAAAAAGGUUCCAGUGAUUGCUAUCGCAGCGCCAGUGGCUGGCGUGUUUGCUCUUGUUGUUGUUGUCUUGGCUAUCUUUUUCGUCGUUAGAAAGAAUAAAACUUACAGUACUGCGGCUCAAGGACCCCCAUCAGUCAUUGCCGGUACAGUUACAAGUGAGACACGGUCAUCCAAUCCAACAAUCAUAACAAAGGACCUCAGAGUUACGUAUCCUGAGGAAAGGGAAAAAAGUUGACUCUUCUCUUUCUUCGUCGGUUGGUGUUUUUCUCUUCGUCGACGUCGUCGAAAUUCCUUCCUCAGGUCUCUCUCUUCGUCACGGAGAUGAUCGUUUCUUCGUCGUCAGAGACAUCUCUCAAUCCCCAAAUCUUUGAAUAUAGAUUCAGAUCGGAAACGGAAGAAAGACUCUGUCUCUUCGACAGAUCAACCGUUGGAGGAGAAACCAAAGGACAAGAGAGCCGAUCACCACCACAUCAAGCACUGUAAUAAGAAGAGCAAGAUGGCGUCGAGAGACCAAGUCAAGGCCUCACAUAUUCUUAUCAAGCAUCAGGGAUCUCGCAGGAAGGCGUCGUGGAAGGAUCCGGAAGGAAAAAUCAUCAUGACUACCACGAGAGAAGCAGCCGUCGAACAGCUUAAAUCGAUCCGUGAAGACAUCGUCUCUGGUAAAGCUACAUUCGAGGAUGUGGCGGCUCGUGUUUCCGACUGUAGCUCUGCUAAACGCGGCGGCGAUCUAGGCCCAUUUGGUAGAGGUCAAAUGCAGCUGAAACCGUUUGAGGAAGCAACAUACGCACUGAAGGUGGGAGAUAUAAGCGAGAUUGUGGACACAGACAGUGGAGUCCAUAUCAUAAAGAGAACAGCUUGAUCUGUGAUCUGUUACCUCCUUCAUGUAUCAAAAGUUACCAGCUUUUUAAGAUAAAAGCUUUGCCAUCGUGGCUUUCGUUCUGCAUCUUUGUAUGGAUUUGAUACAACCAAACAUAUUGUAAAGACAAGAAACUGUUUGUUUAAAAUUUUUAGUUAUAAAAUUGUAUUUCUAUUUUUAA